AUGAGCGGCCGUCUCCCUCCGCAACUCCCGGCCACCCGGAGAGCCGAGCCGGCCUACAGAGAACAAAGAAGACAAAAGGUUGAAGAGUACUUGUUAAGAAAAAAGGCCAUUUCUGGAUUGCUCAUACAGGAGAAGCGGACAAAUAUCAGCAAUAACAGAACUGGGAAAGCAGCUAGUGAUAAACCGGAAGACAAAAUAAAGGUCUUAAAAUCUGCUAAGCAGAAAAUGGAAGAUAAAGAAAAUGCUAAUAGACCUCCAUGGACUCAAUCAAACAACACUCUGAAAAAAAACACUGCUUCUUCAAAGGAUGAAACCUUGAAAACUACUACCAUAUUGACAAACUCAACUGUAGGAACAAAUUGCAGUCCUGAAGAUUUUAGUUCAGCUAUUAACACUUCCAAAGAUGAAGCUGUUGAAAUAAAAACUUAUCAUGUGUCAUUUAGCCAGUCCUUCCUGCACAAAAGAAACAUCAAAGAGAAGCAACUGAUUGCAGACAAGCAGAACUCUGAUGCCAGCCUGCCAAAGAAACAUGUGCCUGGCUCAUAUUGUGGCAAGGUUAUCCCAUCGAAGAUAAACUCCUUCCGAAAAACACUAGAAAAUGAGGCUGCAAAGAGUUCUUUGGCAAACAAGAAACCUAUAGCUCCUGCCACCAAACCAGCAGUGAGACCAUCAUCCACCAGCAGCAAUAAUGCAGUCAUAAAUAAUAUUAGAGCCACAAAUUUGGCUAGUGCUGCUAAACCUAUACAUGCCACCCCCUUGCAGAAGAGACCACCUGUGAGGGCUUCUCAUAGCACCCACUCAAAGUCCAUCCAGAACAAGGAGAAACAAAUAGUCACAAGUGUGUCUGUAAAUAAUAUGACUGUCCAAAAAAAGCCUGAUAGAAGUGGGCCACCAUCAUUAAAGACAGCUCUUCACAAUGCUAAGCCCCCUUCUGUGCCUGGGGCAAAGAGAACUGAGGUUCCACUCAGAGAUGUCAGAUUAGGAACUUCAGCAAAGUCUAUUUCUGUAACCUGUGGUACCAAGGCCACCCAGGAUUCAAAAGCUGGCAACAGAAAAUACGUUCUGCCAAAAGAAUCAACAGAAGAGAGAAGAAUUCGUCUGGCUGAAUGGAAGGCAACCAAAGGAAAAGUGAUAAAGAGGCCAUCAUCUACUGUGCUACAAGUAGCCCAGUCUGAGACACAGACAUCACAAGAAACUCCAAAAGAACCAGUUGAGUCUUUCUGGGCUACCAUAGUAGAAGAGGAUGAGCAAGGAUUAUUCAGUGAAAAUGUCAACAAAACUCUUGUGGAAUGUCUACAUUUAACAGAACAGGGUUUUCCUGGGGAUGAAGUACGUGCAAUGCUGGAAAAGCUGAUUCAGAGUGUUCCAGAUGCGAAAAAACUUGCAAAAUACUGGGUGUGUCGCAUGCGUCUUGAACAGCUGGGCCCAAUUGAAAAGAUCAUUGCUGUUUAUGAGGAGGCUAUUCUGGCAGGAGCACAGCCUAAGGAUGAGUUACGACACACAGUAGCAGAUAUUAUGAAGAAUACUGAAAAUCUUCCAAAGUCAGUUGUUGAGGAAUGUGUGAAGGAAGAGGUUAUCAGCAAAGAAGCUAACUCUUCGGUAGAGAAUGUAGAGGAAGUCUUCAAAGAGCUCAACUUGAAUGAUGAAGAGAAGGCAGAGACUAGCAAUGAAGUGAUCAAGAAAGAGGAAACAGAUUCAUCCUUGAAGUCAAGACAAGAGACCUUACCUAAAGAAAGUAAAAAGCACAGAACAAAGUACAAAGAACAAACUAAGAAGUCUGAAAACUACAAAACUGAAGAUAUAAUAAAAGAUGCAAACUUAGAAUUUAAGACUCCUGAAAAAGAAAAGGAGGGGUCUUAUUUAAUUAAAUACAAUUUGUCAACCACUCCAUACUUAGAAAGCGUGAAGAAGAAGAUGCAGUGUGAGGCAAAUGACUCUGCUGUUAAAGAUAUAAAAUUCUUGACCCCUGUGAGGCGUUCUCGUCGCCUUCAGGAGAAGUUGUGCAAGUUACCAGAUAUGUUAAAGGAUCAUGAUCCCUGUGUUUCUUCGCUUGAACAGCUAGGAGAACUCGGAGCUGUAAACAAUGCCUUUAUCUACAGACAGAACAGUGCACUACAAGAACCCAUUACUCAUCUGGAAGAGCAAGAAGAGUAG